AUAAAGCCAAAGAAGUUCUUAUAUUAACUUUUGUGAAAAUAUUUGUUAGUGAAAAAAGAGUUUAUUAUUUGUGUCCUACUGUUCAACACAUGGAUUAUGCUAGAGAAUAUUUUCAAAAUCUAAACCUUAUUAAUGAUUCAGCAG